CACACCCUGCUCAGAGUGUCGCUCGUGAGAGUCAGACAGUCUGUGGUUCAUUCCUCUUCGCUUUUGUUUAGUUCUUGGCUGUUUUUGUUGUAGAAAGCUGUUCAUUUUCUUUUUUCCCAUGGAGGCUCCGGGACAGGACAGCGAAUGGAGAAGUCCUCAGUUCAGACAGAAAGUGGUCGCUCAGAUUGAGAAAGAAGUGAGGAAGGCAGGAACUGGUCACACUAAGUCCAGCAAGGACAUGGAGAACCAUAUUUACAGCAAAGCCAAAUCCAGGGACGAGUAUUUAUCUCUGGUGGCAAAGCUCAUCAUUCACUUCAGAGACAUCCAUUCACUUUCCUUAAGCAAGGAGGGUUCGGCCACCACCUUUGAGGAUAACCCUCCAACCUACUCCAUCCUGGCAUCAGCCCCGGCCUCGCCCCCGGCCCCGGCCUCACCACCGGCCACGCCCCCGGCCUCACCACCGGCCGGGGCCUCGGCACCAGCCUCAAGGCCCUCACCGGCACUGGCAGCAGGUUCUGCUUCCACAUCCAGCACACGGCCCACGUGCAAGAGAAAAAGGAGCCUGUACCAAGACAAUCUGACCAUGAUGGGUCAGAUGGAGGCUAACUUUGUUGCACAACAGGAGCUAAACCGGGCACAGCGCGAAAAACAUAUCCGGUUGAUCCUGGAUGAUGCCCGUGAAGCACGACAGAUGGAAACUGUGUUUAAUCAAGGAUUCCUGCAAGUGCUGGGUGACCUUGUCCAGGCAAUACGCCAACAGCGUGAGUGACCCAUCAGUCUGGACUGGACCCAGUGUUGGACAUGUAAAUUUUGUAUAUAGUUUGCUGUGUUGCUCUUUUAUUUGCUCAUUUAUUCAAAUAAGUAAUCAGACUUAUGUAAUUGUCAUAAUUUUGUUACAUAAUUAGUGAACAGUACAAAUAUGUCAUUGAUGAUUUGGAGCAAUGAUUGUUCAUCCAUAAGAAUUUGUCAUCUGUUAUAAUUUCACACGAAGGAAGCCACAGCACACAGCACCUGGAUGAAUCUUUGCAAUGAUGCUGAAGAAAUCAUGUCCAAACUGAGGUUUACCAAAUGGUAUUUAACCAAAACAGGUUAUACUCAACAGUGGUGCUCACCAGUGAUGCCACCUUUAUAUCAAUGAAUUCCCGGAUAUACGGGGGUUAGGGUUUAAUGAGAUGUGAAGUUCUGGCACAAAAAGAAUAAACUUAUUCAGAGAUUUUGGACAACCAGUUGUACUAUCAAUA